CCGGCGCAGGCGCGGUGCUCGGGGCGCUCCGGUUCCGGGCGCCGCUCCCUCGCAGCAGGCCCCGCCGCCCCGGGCGCCCCCCGCGCCCCUCGCCCGGCCCGAGCUGGGCGGCGGACGCGCCGCUGAACUCCCCCCCGUCCCCCCCCCCCGCCCCGGCCUCGAACUCCUCCCGCUCCUUUCCCCCCGCUUCCCACCGCUCCGGGCCCAACCCCACCGGGCGGCUGCUCCGGCGGCUCCGGCUUCCUCCGCCCCUUCCGCCCCCCCCCUGCCUCCCGUGCCCCCCCCCCCCCCCCAGCCGGCCCCGCCGAGCCCGGAGCCCCGCAUGGAGCAGCCGGCGGGCUGAGCCCCGCACGGAGGUCUGAUGGUACCAAGUGACGUGUCCCCCCUGUGAGAGUCGUGCUCCCCCAACCUCCUGAGAAGAUGUCAGGGAUGCAGGCCGUUUGGCCAUCCGGUACAGAAUGUAUCGCCAAGUACAACUUCCACGGUACCGCCGAGCAGGACCUGCCCUUCAGCAAAGGAGAUGUCCUUACCAUCGUCGCUGUCACCAAGGAUCCCAACUGGUACAAGGCGAAGAACAAGGUGGGCCGGGAGGGGAUCAUCCCCGCUAACUACGUGCAGAAGCGGGAAGGAGUGAAAGCUGGGAUCAAGCUCAGCCUCAUGCCGUGGUUUCACGGGAAGAUCACGCGGGAGCAGGCGGAGAGGCUGUUGUACCCCCCUGAGACCGGGCUGUUCCUGGUGCGGGAGAGCACCAACUACCCCGGGGACUACACCCUCUGUGUCAGCUGUGAGGGGAAGGUGGAGCACUACCGCAUCAUCUACUCCUCCAGCAAGCUCAGCAUCGACGAGGAGGUCUACUUUGAAAACCUCAUGCAGUUGGUGGAGCAUUACACCACGGACGCGGACGGGCUGUGCACCCGCCUCAUCAAGCCCAAGGUGAUGGAGGGGACGGUGGCAGCACAGGACGAGUUCUCCCGCAGUGGCUGGGCCCUCAACAUGAAGGACCUGAAGCUGCUGCAGAUCAUUGGCAAAGGGGAAUUCGGAGAUGUGAUGCUGGGGGAUUACCGGGGGAACAAAGUCGCCGUGAAGUGCAUUAAAAACGACGCCACAGCUCAAGCCUUCCUGGCGGAGGCGUCUGUCAUGACGCAGCUCCGACACAGCAACCUGGUGCAGCUCCUGGGUGUGAUUGUGGAGGAGAAGAGUGGCCUUUAUAUUGUCACCGAGUACAUGGCCAAGGGCAGCCUAGUCGACUACCUGCGGUCGCGCGGGCGGUCGGUCCUCGGUGCUGACUGCCUGCUGAAGUUCUCCUUAGAUGUCUGUGAAGCCAUGGAGUACCUGGAAGCCAACAACUUUGUCCAUCGGGACCUGGCAGCGAGGAACGUCCUGGUCUCGGAGGACAACAUUGCCAAGGUCAGUGAUUUUGGGCUGACCAAGGAAGCCUCCUCCACCCAGGACACGGGGAAGCUGCCAGUGAAGUGGACGGCACCAGAAGCACUUAGAGAAAAGAAAUUCUCCACCAAGUCAGACGUGUGGAGCUUUGGGAUCCUCCUCUGGGAAAUCUACUCCUUCGGGCGAGUGCCUUAUCCGAGAAUCCCCCUGAAGGACGUGGUGCCCCGGGUGGAGAAGGGCUACAAGAUGGAUGCUCCCGAUGGUUGCCCCGCUGUGGUUUACGAGGUGAUGAAGAAGUGCUGGACCUUGGACCCAGGCCACCGGCCGUCCUUCCACCAGCUCCGUGAACAGCUAGUGCAUAUCAAAGAGAAGGAGCUCUACCUGUGAGGGGGGUAGGGGGGGGGGGGGCUCACCUGCCCCACCAACCCCAGGGGACCCAUGCUGACAGGGGGGCCAGGCUGUGGGAAGCCCCCCUUGCCCAGCCCCGACACCAGGAGCAGCUGGGAGGGAGUCCUGAGGGGGGGGGGGGGGCUUCCAUCCCCACCACCAACCCCCCCCCCCCCCAAAAAAAAAAAAGAAUAAUCUCCUGGUUGCUUCCAAACUUCCAAAUCAGUCUAUUUUAUUUUUUUUUGGGGGGGGGGGGUGUUUUUUGGUUUAUUUUUGGUCUCCCAGGCUUUUUUUUUUGUUCUUUCUUCUUUGUUUUUUUUUUAAUUUUGCGUGUUUUGUUUUCUCAGUUGUUGGGUUUU